UCAAGUCCUCUCCAGGCCCCCUGCUAGCGCGCCGCUCUGGGGGAGCCCCCGGCAGGAGCGCGAGGGCGGCUGCAGGGCAGCAGAGGCCGCUGGCGCCGCCUCGGCCAGCCCUUCCCGCGCGGAGAGCACCCCGGGGCUGCGGCGGGAAGGUUCCGCUGCCUUAAGGAUGACAGUCCUAGGCCACCCUGGAAGUUGGAGCUGCCGGUGGUUGCCACUCCUGCUGCUGCUGUUGCUGGGCACAGGUCGAGAUCCAGGGGUGGAAGGUGUGACACACUACAAGGCCGGCGACCCCGUCAUUCUGUAUGUCAACAAAGUGGGACCUUACCAUAACCCUCAGGAGACUUACCACUACUAUCAGCUUCCAGUCUGCUGUCCUGAGAAGAUACGCCACAAAAGCCUUAGCCUGGGUGAAGUGCUGGAUGGGGACCGGAUGGCUGAGUCUUUGUACGAGAUCCGCUUUCGGGAGAAUGUGGAGAAGAGAAUUCUGUGCCACAUGCAGCUCAGUUCCGCACAGGUGGAACAGCUGCGCCAGGCCAUUGAGGAACUAUACUACUUUGAAUUUGUGGUGGACGACUUGCCAAUCCGUGGCUUUGUGGGCUACAUGGAGGAGAGUGGCUUCCUGCCUCACAGCCACAAGAUAGGACUCUGGACCCAUUUGGACUUCCACCUAGAAUUCCACGGAGAUCGAAUUAUAUUUGCCAAUGUCUCAGUGCGGGACGUCAAGCCCCACAGUUUAGAUGGGUUACGACCGGAUGAGUUCCUAGGCCUCACCCACACCUACAGUGUGCGCUGGUCUGAGACUUCAGUCGAGCGUCGGAGUGACAGGCGCCGUGGUGACGAUGGUGGUUUCUUUCCCCGAACACUGGAAAUCCAUUGGUUGUCCAUCAUUAAUUCCAUGGUGCUUGUGUUUUUACUGGUGGGUUUUGUGGCUGUCAUUCUCAUGCGUGUGCUUCGAAAUGACCUGGCUCGGUACAACUUGGAUGAAGAGACAACCUCUGGAGGUUCUGGUGAUGACUUUGACCAAGGUGACAAUGGCUGGAAAAUUAUCCAUACAGAUGUCUUCCGCUUCCCUCCAUACCGUGGUCUGCUCUGUGCUGUGCUUGGUGUGGGUGCCCAGUUCCUGGCCCUUGGCACUGGCAUUAUUGUCAUGGCGCUGCUGGGCAUGUUCAAUGUGCACCGUCACGGGGCUAUUAACUCAGCAGCCAUCUUGUUGUAUGCCCUGACUUGCUGCAUCUCUGGCUAUGUGUCCAGCCACUUCUACCGGCAGAUUGGAGGCGAGCGUUGGGUGUGGAACAUCAUUCUCACCACCAGUCUCUUCUCUGUGCCUUUCUUCCUGACGUGGAGUGUGGUGAACUCCGUGCAUUGGGCCAAUGGUUCAACACAGGCUCUGCCAGCCACCACCAUCCUGCUGCUUCUGACGGUUUGGCUGCUGGUGGGCUUUCCCCUCACUGUCAUUGGAGGUAUCUUCGGGAAGAACAACGCUAGCCCCUUUGAUGCACCUUGUCGCACCAAGAACAUAGCUCGGGAAAUCCCACCCCAGCCCUGGUACAAGUCUUCUCUCGUCCACAUGACUGUUGGAGGCUUCCUGCCUUUCAGGAAGGCGGGUCGGCCGCGAAAUGCACGGAACUCGGAACUCGAAUUCUUCACGGAGCUGAGGAACUGUCGGCUAGCGGAACCUUCAUUACCAGGGCCCUGUUUCCGCGGCUCAGCCGGCGCUCCGCCCAACGGAAGUGGCGGAGCCGAGCUCUGCGCGAAGCGAGUUGAAUCACCCUGGUGACGGGAGGGGCGCGGAGCAACGCCCUUUCCGCCGGAAGCGGGUUUCGGGGCCUCCACGUGCUGCCCCUCCCCCAUCCGGCCCAGCAGCGGCGGCUCCCCUGCUGCCAUGGAGCCCGUCGGCCUGGAACAGAUCCUCCGGGAGCUGCUGCUGCCGGACACCGAGCGCAUCCGCCGGGCCACCGAGCAACUCCAGACCGCUCUUAGGGACCCCGCCUCCCUGCCCGCGCUCUGCGAACUGCUGGCCUCAGCGGGCGACCCUCAGAUCCGCCAGUUCGCGGCCGUACUGACCCGCAGACGACUGAGCACCGGCUGGCGACGGCUGGCGGCCGAGCAACGGGAGAGCAUCAAGUCUCUGAUCCUGACGGUCCUUCAGAGAGAGACAGAGCAUUCUGUGAGUCUUAGCCUGGCCCAGCUCUCAGCUACCGUUUUUCGAAAAGAAGGUCUGGAGGCCUGGCCUCAGCUCAUGCAGCUUCUUCAGCACAGUAUCCGCAGCCUCCACGUCCCCGAGAGAGAGAUGGGGCUUUUGCUGCUAAGUGUGGUGGUGACCUCCCGGCCUGAGGCCUUCCGACCCCACCACCGGGAGCUUCUUCGGCUUCUGAAUGAGACCCUUGGUGAUGUGGGCUCUCCUGGGCUCCUCUUCUAUUCCCUGCGCACUCUGACCACCAUGACCCCUUACCUUGGCACUGAUGAUGUGCCUCUCGUGCGAAUGUUGGUGCCCAAGCUCAUCGUGGCUGUGCAGACUCUGAUCCCUGUAGACGAGGCAAAGGCCUGUGAGGCCUUGGAGGCCCUGGAUGAAUUGCUGGAGUCAGACUUGCCCAUCAUCACCUCCCACCUCUCAGAGGUCCUCACAUUCUGCCUGGAGGUGGCUAGAAACGUGGCCCUAGGUGAUGCAAUACGUGUGCGUAUUCUCUGCUGUCUCACUUUCUUGGUCAAAGUCAAGAGCAAGGCGUUACUGAAGAAUCGCCUCCUACCACCCUUGCUGCACACCCUUUUUCCUAUCAUGGCUGCCGAGCCCACCCUGGGUCAGCUGGAUCCUGAGGAUCAGGAUUCAGAGGAGGAAGAGCUGGAUGUUGGACUGGUGGGGGAGACGCCCAAGCACUUUGCCAUUCAGGUCGUGGACAUGCUGGCACUCUAUUUGCCCCCUGAGAAGCUCUGUCCCCUGCUGAUGCCCAUGCUGGAAGAGGCUUUGCGGAGCCAGAGCCCAUACCAGCGCAAGGCUGGGCUCCUCGUGCUGGCAGUGCUCUCUGAUGGAGCCGGGGACCACAUCAGGCAGAGACUGCUGUCCCCACUGCUACAGAUCGUGUGCAGGAGCCUGGAGGAUCCGUCACAGGUUGUGCGCAAUGCUGCGCUCUUUGCCCUGGGCCAGUUCUCAGAGAACCUACAGCCCCACAUUCGCAGCUAUUCCGGGGAGGUGAUGCCACUGCUCCUCGCCUACCUGAAGUCCGUGCCUCCUGGGUGCACACGUCACCUAGCCAAGGCCUGCUAUGCCCUGGAGAACUUCGUGGAGAACCUAGGGCCUGAAGUGCAGCACUACCUUACGGAGCUCAUGGAGUAUAUGUUGCAGCCUCUGAGAAACCCCAGCAGCUCCCGGGCCAAGGAGCUGGCUGUGAGCGCCCUGGGGGCCAUUGCCACGGCUGCCCAGGCCUCCAUACUGCCCUACUUCCCCACCAUCAUGGAGCACCUGCGGGAAUUCCUGUUGACAGGCCAUGAGAACCUUCAGCCUGUGCGGAUCCAGAGCCUGGAGACACUUGGGGUACUGGUGCGAGCAGUAGGGGAGCCCAUGAGGCCCCUGGCUGAGGAAUGCUGCCAGCUGGGGCUGGGCUUGUGUGACCAGGUAGACGACCCUGACUUGCGGCGCUGCACGUACAGCCUGUUUGCAGCCUUAUCGGGGCUGAUGGGUGAGAGCCUCGCUCCCCACCUGCCACGAAUCACCACACUCAUGCUGUUGUCAUUGCGUUCCACCCAGGGCAUUGUGCCUCAGUACACUGGAAGCAGCACCUUCCUUCUGUUUGACGACGAGCACGGCGGGGAGGAAGAGGAGGAGUUUGUGGAGGAGGACUCAGAAGAGGAGGAGGACUCAGAGGUCUCAGGGUACAGCGUGGAAAACGCCUUUUUCGAUGAGAAGGAAGACGCCUGUGCUGCACUGGGGGAGAUCUCUGUGAAUGCCAGUGUGGCCUUCCUUCCCUACAUGGAGACUGUCUUUGAAGAAGUGUUCACACUGCUGGAGUGCCCUCACCUGAGCGUGCGGAAGGCAGCCCAUGAGGCCCUGGGUCAGUUUUGCUGUGCGCUGCACAAAGCCUGUCAGAGCUGCCCCUCGGAACCCAACACUGCUGCUCUGCAGGCCGCCCUGGCCCGGGUGGUGCCAUCCUACGUGCGGGCAGUAAACGGGGAGCGGGAGCGCCAGGUGGUGAUGGCCGUGCUGGCGGCCCUGACGGCGGUGUUGCGUGGCUCUGGGAGCUUGGCGUUGCAGCCCCCUGGGCGGCUUGCUGAGAUCUGCCACGCGCUCAAGGGUGUGCUGCAGAGGAAGACAGCUUGUCAGGACGCCGACCAGGAGGAGGAUGAGGACCAGGCUGAAUACGACGCCAUGUUGCUGGAGCAUGCUGGCGAGGCCAUCCCCGCCCUGGCCGCUGCGGCCGGGGGAGAUGCCUUUGCCCCCUUCUUUGCCGGCUUCCUGCCAUUAUUGCUGUGCAAGACGAAACAGGGCUGCACAGUGGCAGAGAAGUCCUUUGCGGUGGGGACGCUGGCAGAGUCCAUUCAGGGCCUGGGUGCCGCCUCGGCCCAGUUUGUGUCCCGGCUGCUCCCCGUGCUGUUGAGCACUGCCCGGGAGGCGGACCCCGAGGUGCGGAGCAAUGCCGUCUUUGGGCUGGGCGUGCUGGCGGAGCACGGGGGUCGCCCUGCCCAGGAACACUUCCCCAAGCUGCUGGGGCUCCUGCUGCCCCUCCUGGCGAGGGAGCGCCAUGAUCGUGUCCAUGACAACAUCUGUGGGGCACUCGCCCGCCUGCUGAUGGCCAGUCCCACGAGGAAACCAGAGCCCCAGGUGCUGGCUGCCCUGCUGCACGCCCUGCCACUGAAGGAGGAUUUGGAGGAGUGGGUCACCUUAGGGCACCUCUUCAGCUUCCUGUACCAGAGCAGCCCAGACCAGGUUGUAGAUGUGGCUCCAGAGCUCCUGCGCAUUUGCAGCCUCAUCCUGGCCGAGAACAAGGUCCCACCAGACACCAAGGCGUCGCUGCUGCUGCUGCUCACGUUCUUGGCCAAACAGCACGCUGACAGCUUCCGUUCAGCACUGGGCUCCCUGCCUGGCAACAAGGCCCAGGAGCUCCAGGCCAUCCUGGGCCUCACCUAGACUGCGGGCUGCAGCUGGGCCAGAGAGAACAGAGCCUGCCCACGCCUGAGACCAGCUCUCUGCCCAGUUGCAGCUCACGCCUUACCAAAGAUUCUGGGCCUGGGCCUCAUACCCACUUGGAGUCUCAGCCCUACUUGCCGUCUUACCGGGCUGUCUGCUAGGGCUGGGUCUGUCGUGCUGGGACAAUACAAACGGAGUCAUGACACCAUCCUGUAAUAAAGGCAGUUUAUUUUCUUCUUGAA